UUAAACAACAAACCUAAGUAUUUUACGCAAAUGGCACUUUCGACUCUUUUUUUAACCAAUGGCUGCCCGCUUUAUUGCAAAGUGCGAUGCAUUAUGUCAGUGUAGCCACAUUUGAUUGGAUGCGAGUGGAAGAAACGCAUGGGUGGCUAGCUAGUUCUUCAGAGAGAAGAACAUAACAAAUUCACGAAAUGUGUUUCAAAGGACAAUGAAUACUUUUUUUGUGAAGAAAUGAAAAUAGUUUCCUGGCAUCUAGAUAGAUAUGUCAUCGGGUGCUGUUGAUGAGAGGCUUUCAGCAGGGAGUGUGUCAAUGUCAGUGAUGAUGGCAAUUGAGACGGCAGCCCUGGUAGUCCCUGUCACCGCUCUGGAGUUCCUAAGGGAGGAGUACCUGCUGACAGGUGAGGGUCCGAUCCUGACAGUGUACCGCCUCCAAUCUCAGUCCAAAGCCUUCACCUCACUGAGCGUGCUCCUCAACUACCGCAUCCAUGGGAUUCGUCCCAAACCACAGACAGGAGACAGACGGACCAGUGACCCAGACGAUGAGGUGGUAGUGUUUGGAGGGAAGGCUGUGCGCUUGCUGAGGCUGAGUGCUGGAGGGCAGAGGCUAGAGCCGCUGGGCCCCCUCAUGGAGCUGCCUGACUGGGCCCUGGACGUCCGCUGGGUCUCUGGAGAGAAAGGUCCACUCCUCGGCGUGGCUCUGGCCCACAACGCUGCUUUGUUGUUGGAUCCUGUUGAGGGCCGCAUCCUGGCCCUCUGCUCUUGCCAGGAGGGGUGUUUGCUGUACUCCGCCCUGCUCCUGGGUGGGAACUGGGAGGACUCUGUCCUGGUUGGGGGGACCGUGUUCAACCAGCUGGUGCUCUGGAGGCCAGGGGGGGCACAGCCGGACGGGAAGGCCCCAGUGGAGAGGCGUCUGCCAGGUCACAGUGGCGUCAUCUUUAGCCUCUGUUACCGCCGGGAGACUGGCUGGCUGGCCUCCGCCUCGGACGACCGCAGUGUGAGGGUCUGGGGGGUGGGGGACCUGGGGGGUGCUGGAGGGGGGUGUGGAGACCCCAGCCCGACGUGUUUGCGGGUGUUGUAUGGACACCAAGCCAGGGUGUUUUCCGUCAAGCUGUCCCCUGGACGGGUGUACAGCGCUGGGGAGGACGGGGCCUGUCUGCUGUGGGACUGGGGAGGUGGGGGGAGGGUGGCUCGGACACUGAAAGGCCACCGGUCCGGGGGGGUGAGGGCGCUGGCGGUCAGUGAGGGAGGGGACGGCCAGGGGAGGUGGGUGGCCACCGGAGGGGCAGAUGGAGGGAUCCGCCUGUGGCGGGUGGGGGGUGAGGAGGAGAAGGGGGAUGGCGAGGGAGGGCAGGGGGAGGCGGAGAGCCUGGUGGACUUGGGCUUCCAGGGCCGAGGCGUCCCCAAGGUGGUGGGUGUGGUGGGGGACGGGCACUGGAUCCAGGGCAGGGUGGUGGUGAACACAGACCAUGGGGACGUCUACCUCUAUGAGGGGGGGCGGUGGGGUCUCCUAUGGGAGGGGGGUCCUGAGUUCCAGUCCUACUGUGUGAUGGAGGUGCUAAGGGUGAGGGGUUGGGGGGCUGCUGCAUCCAGGGAGGGGCUGUGUGCUUUAGGCAGCCUCAGUGGAGGGGUGCAGAUCUUCCCUCUGUCUCAGCCUGGCGCGGGGGUGUUGCUGAGGGCAGGGCCAGGGAAAGUCCACAGUGUGCUGUGGGUGAAGGGCCAGGCAGAGGGGCAGGGGCGAGGGGGGUACCUGCUGGCGUCCGGAGCAGAGGGCCUGGUCCAUCGUUGGCAGGUGGAGGUAGAGAUGAGAGACACUGGACUGGCUCUCAGGGUGGAACCACUCUGUCCUCUCCUUCUGCCUCCCUGUGCCAAACGCUGGCUCACUGCUGUAGUUUACCUCAACCGCCCACAGGGGGCACUGUGGGUAUGUGGAGACAGGAGAGGAUCACUGCUGCUGUUUGAAGAGAGUGAACACCAUCAAGAGAAGAAGAGGGGACAUGGAGAAGAGCAUGAGGAUGAAGAGAUGGGAAGAGAGGCACAUAAUGGGCUGGUUGAAAGCCAUGAUGAAAAGGGGGACGUGGUAGUCGGAGAGGAGGAUGAGGAGAGAGAGGCCAGCAGGGCAGGGCUGACCCUCCAGCCUGUGAGCUCUCUGUUCGGGGUGCACGGAAAGCAGGGGGUGACGUGGGUGUCGGAGCACCGGGGGCUGCUGUACAGUGCGGGGAGAGAUGGCUGUGUGAGGGUCCUCCGGGUUGGACCAGAGGGACUGGAGGUUCUGAGGGUCCAGCGGGCCUGCAGGGGGAUGGAGUGGCUGGAGAGAGUUCUGCUUCUGGAAUCCCAGGACUCAGAAGAGGAGCAGAGGGUCCAGGAACCAGAAGGGAGUGGGAAAGAGGCCCGCUUUGUGAUCGUGGGCUUCCACUCGGUCCACUUUGUGGUGUGGGACCCCGUGAGGCAGGAGAGGCUGCUGUCAGUGCCCUGUGGAGGAGGCCAUCGUUCCUGGAGCUACUGCCCCCACCAGGACGGCCUCUCUAUGGGCCAGGGGGCCCUGGUGUUCAUCAAGCAGGGGGUGGUCCUGGCCUCUGAACCCUCUGGGGAAGCACCCAGCCGGGCAGGGAGCCUGGACCUGAGACAGGGGCUGCACGGUAGGGGAGUGGGCUGUGUGUGUCGCUUGGGGGUAGUGGGGGAGGCUGGAGAGGGCCGCUGGGAGGUGCUGGUGACCGGAGGAGAGGACACCAGCUUGACCGUCCUGGCGGUCCGACCGCAGACGGGCGAGGUCAGAGUGCUGUCGGUCAUCACCGACCACAUCUCGAAUGUUCGGACUCUGACAGCAGUCAAACGUUUAGAUGGAAAGACUGAAAGAGGGACAGAUAAACAGACAGCAGCACAGUCCCUCUCUGUACUGCUGGUAUCUGCAGGUGGGCGGGCACAGAUGCAGUGCUACCGGCUGCUGAUUGGAGGAAAUGGACAGUUAGGCUUGCCCUCCUGUCAGGUGAUACAAGUGGCCAGCCACCGAUUGGACGAUCAGUGGGAGAGAAUGCGGAACCGACACAAGACUGUGAAAAUGGACGCAGAAACCAGGUACAUGUCCAUUGCCGUGGUGGAUGACGGGACAGAGUCGGUCCUCCUGGCGUUGGCCUGCAGUGAUGGAGCUGUGAGGCUCUUCUCAGUCAGUGAGUUGAGGGGGAGGUUUGAGCUCCUGUGGGAGAGUUUCCACCACGAGCGAUGUAUACUCAGCAUCGCCACCUACAGCCUGGAGGAUGGACAGGGCAAUCGACGUGUGUUCCUCUUCAGCGCAGCCACAGAUGGAAGGAUAGCAGUGUGGGAUAUGAGCAACGUGGCCAACUCAGAAGACAAGCCCCCUACUGCGGCCCUAGCCCCAACCAGCCCCUGUCUAACAGUCCCCGCCCACCAGAGUGGAGUCAACACCCUGGCCGUAUGGGAGGAGGGCCUACGGGCGGGACAUACAGACGAAGCCCGGAUAACAUUGGCCAGCGGAGGAGAUGACGGACAGCUGUCAGUGGCGCUCAUCGGGGUGCAGUACCAGGGGGAGGCGGUAGGGGGCAGCAGAGUGUGUCUACAGCUCCAGUCUCAGUGGUCAGUGGCUUUAGCCCACGCCGCCCCUCUGACCGCCCUGAGGAUGCUGAGCCCAGGCCUGUUAGUGUCCACAUCCCCUGACCAGAGGGUGUGUCUGUGGAGGCUGGCCACUACCGGACUCAGCCAACAGGGAGCGCUCGUCUCCCAUGUGGCGGACGCAGCAGGGCUGGAGGUGUGGACUGAGGCUGGGGUUGGGUCUGGAUGUGGGGACAGGGGCUGGGUGGUUGUCUGUGGACAGGGGUUACAGCUGCUGAAGGUGACCGACGUGGAGGAUGGAGGGAACAGGGAGGAUAAAACUGGAAGAAAGAGCUGUGUGAGAGGGAGGGAGGAGUGUGUGAAAGUGUCUUUGCACCAGUGUUGUCUGGAAGACAAGACAACAUGACCUGUUGUGAACUGGACCCGUGAACUAGAUUAAUAAUAAUAAUGUUCAUUUGGAUUUUGAAAUAAACUUAAUUUAAAUCAA